UGGGAAGAAGAAAGAAGAAGAGAAAGUUUUGAGUCUUGUAAGUGCGAGAUGGAGAUACCAAGCUCUGAGGAGAUUCUUGAGUGUAUGAGCUCUUGUCUCUCUCAGAUCAAAUGGCGACUCAAACCCACUUCCAAACGCCGCCUCGAUAUAGAUGUGCUGGCACUAUGCACGGGAAUGAGACCAGUUGUGAUGAUUGACUAUGGAGGCAAGUUGCCUGAGCUUCAAGAUCGCUUGCUUUCCCUUCUCGAGCUUAUCCAAGAGGGUUUACCAGUCUUUAAAGAUCUGAGGGUUAUGGUUAUAGAGGACAUGAUUUACCUGAUAAAUGUUAGAAGACUGCCCAAGUGGUUGAGUUCAGAACCUGAAUUGUUCUUCGUCGACCUAGAACAAGAUCCUCCAGAGAUGGUGGAACAAAGAAAGGAAAGCAAUCUAGGGGUGCAGCUUAGGUCGAUUCAGAAGCUUUUCUCUUCCACAUUUCCUUUAGAUGGCGGCGAUAAUGACGCCAAGUCUUCUCAGUCUUCUUUGUUCGUUGAUCUUAGUUGUUGUUUACAAGACACUAAGGUUACAAUCCCAACACUAAACGGGUGGCUCCUGGACUAUCCGGUUGUGUAUUUAUUCGGCACAGAUCACAUAGAAGAAGCAAUCUACAACCUCUCAACCAAGUCUCUCCGCAUCUUCAAAGUUUUAGUACAAAGGAAUGGUACCACUGAGAAAGACUCUCUCUUAGAAGAGCUGACAAGUUUUUCGGUGCCAUAUGAUCUAAGCAUGGGAGGUAGCAAGGAAGUGUGGGCUGAAGCAUUUCUGGAGAGGAUGAGUUCAAGGUGGGAAGAAUGCAAACACAUUUGGAGAUCAUUGGAUCUGCAAGUUUCUGAAUGUUAUCCUCAAGCUAUUGUUCUUUAACGCUUUCACUACUUCAAAACAAUCCUUCUCUAACUUUGGUAAUGACUUCUCUUAUUCAUUAAAGUAAAACCCUUAAUACACAACA